GCGAAACGGUAGCUAGCUAGCAAGUUAUGGCUUCCUUACGCUAACGCCAAACCAAAUACAGUACAUUAAAUGUCGACCGUUUCGAUUGCGGCGACUUUUGCUAAAUUAAGAUACGAGCACAGUAUGCCAAUUGUACCUUAACGUCAUGACGGACCGCAUUUACAACAUAGGAAUGUCUAAUAAUCCCAGAAAGUAACGUCAUUGUAAGACGACUCCAGGGGUAGUUUGUGACAGUGGAGCUAAAAGGCAGUAUUGGAGGUAAUGAGUUGGUAAUGAGCGUGGGGCGAUGGAGGACAAUCAAUGUGGGGACGUGGACUAUCUCAUCCAAGAUGAAGACACCUUCAUAGAAGGUGUCAGCAACCAGGUUUUGUUUGCUGUGGUGCUCACCAUCACCUUCCUGGCAGGGAUCCUCACGCUGCUCUGCAGAGAAGAUCAGCAGAACAUCCAUCCUGAGAAUCAGGAGCAUGUUCGGGCUGUCCGACAGCAGCUGCAAACAGAACAGGAGGAAAAUCCUCAGCCGGAGGCCAGGCAGCAGUAUUACACUGACAUGUCCUGCCCUGUGUGUUUACAACAGGCCGUUCUGCCUGUCGAAACUAAUUGUGGUCAUCUUUUCUGUGGUUCAUGUAUUAUAGCCUACUGGAGGUAUGGCACCUGGUUGGGUGCCAUUAACUGCCCCAUAUGCAGACAAAUGGUAACGUUGCUCUUCCCGCUUUUCCAUGAGCACGCCACGCCUCAGAGGGUCCAGGAGGGCGUCGCAGAACCUCAGCUCAUCUUAAGAGACAUCGUCGAUUACAACCGACGCUUCUCAGGCCAGCCGAGAUCUCUGAUGGACAGGCUGCGAGACGUGCCCACCCUCCUCCGCCAUGCCUUUAGGGAGAUGUUCUCCAUGGGCGGCCUCUUCUGGAUGUUCCGCAUCCGAAUUCUCCUCUGCCUGGUGGGAGCCCUCACCUACCUGGCCUCUCCCCUUGACAUCCUCCCCGAGGCGCUUUUCGGCCUGCUGGGAUUCAUGGACGACUUUUUCGUCAUCCUCCUCCUCUUUGUUUACAUCUCCAUCAUGUACAGGGAGAUGGUCACGCAGAGACUGAACGGCUAGGGCGGCACUCAUCAAUAAAAGCCAUGCACAGCCUAUGCUUUCUUCACGCUCAAGCAGUGGAAACGUGUUUACGGUGGAGGUAUGCGGGGAAUUACCAAAGGAACUGUGAGCAAUACUGCUGGUUCACUCCCAUUCAUUUGGAUGAAAAAGUUGGAUUUGUACAAAACAUACCAAUAAUACUUCAUUGACUCAGAUGGAGGGUGCACCACUGCUUCAAGUAACUGUUUGGUUUAUCAUGUUUCCUCUAAUUGUGUCGGGUGUUGUUUAUUUACUCAACUACAGAGAGUACCGGGUAUGUAUUAGAGGUGGAAGGCGUUUAUCUGUACAAAUGCAUUUCUACAGUACCGUCUACAGCAGAGGUGGGCAAACUACGGCCCGCGGGCCAGAUCCAGCACGUUGUUCUUUUUAAUCCGGCCCGCCGAAGAUUGUACAGAAUUAAGAUUUGAUGUGAAUGAUUGCAUUCAUUUCAUUUUGACCUGUAAUGACGGCAUGUCAACACCAGGUGGCGCCGCAGGCCCCGUUUCCAAUUACCGCUCUUCUACUCGCUCGCCAACGUUACCACAGAUGGAUCGCCAAAUGUGACAGGAAAAAACGUCGGGAUGCUCAAGAGAAUUCAGGUGAAAGAGGACAACCCUGAGCAGGAGGUCAUGUUUCUACACUGAAGUUUGGGAAAAGUAUGUCAACGUGUGUGGGAGCUCAAACGGGAGAUGAUUUGGUUUUUGGAGCUACUUGAGAAUACUGACACAUUUCCUGAGCUGAAUGACACAGUUUGGCUUUGUGACUUAGCUUUUACUGUAGACAUACUGGCACACAUGAACGAGCUGAAUGUGAAGCUACAAGGGAAAACCAGUUUGUGCAUGAAAUGCAAGCCAACGUCGGAGCCUUGAAAGCCAAGCUGGUUUUAUUUUCCAAGCUAAUGUAUGUUAAUACUUUUAAUGCUUUUUUCUGGUUAUGUUUCAUAUGUACUGUUAACAAAUGCAGUUUUUUUUAUAUGUAUCGUAUCUUGUGCUGACCCGGCCCGUCUGUCAAAUUUUAAAAGUCAAUGUGGCCCCCGGCCCGAAAAGUUUGCCCACCCCUGGUCUACAGUAUAUAUUUGUGUUGUCUUUUCCCACAUGUAGUGAUACUUAAUUGAAAUGAUGUACAGUCAGUGGCAGUCAAAGGUUUGGAGACAUUUGCUCAUGCAGUUGAAUGAGAAAGUGUAUCCAAAUUUUUGACUGGUACUGAAUAUUACAGUGGACACUGUUAUAUUAUUAUACCGGCAUGUUGUGAUGAUUUAGCAGUGUCCUAAUAACAUCAGCCAUAUUUGUGCAGAUGGGUCAGAAUGAAUGACUCGAGACCACCGCUGUUUGAAUAUGGGGUACAAUGUCUCAGUAAAGCAACACUGCUUCACACCAAGGGAACAAAGAAGCGCUUCUUUGAGCUGAGGUGUUAAAUUUUUGAAAUUGAGGUCAAUAUUGGAGGAAAUGUGGUACAUUACCAUACCGUCAUACAUAUUUGUAUUUUGUCAUUGGACCUUAUUUACACUGGAAUUAAAUACUAAGCUGUGUCAUACUGUGGGGUUUCUUAUUCAGUUCUGUAAGUGGCUGUGGUGCACAAAUUAGUCUUCAAGCACAUGUUGUUUUGUGGAUCUUACAACCUGCUAGCCAAUGACAUUUGGUAAUCAUUUAGGUUGAAUCAUCAUGCAGGACAACCGCAUAAUUGUUGAUUCAAUCAUUUGGUGUUUUGUUUUUUGUGUGGCUGUGAACUGAUGAUAAUGCAAGACAAUUAGUCUAUUUUGCAACCUGGGCUUGAGAAAUAAAUAUGACGCUUGCGCAAUGUGCAAACAAUGA